AUGACUUUGCAAACGCUAACCUCAUUGCCAUAUGGCAGCGCCAACAUUAUGUGGGCGGUCGGCUGCACUCUGCUACUAUUACUAGCAUAUUCUUACAUCCAUUUCGUUAGACCAUCAACUGGAAAAGUGCCUUCCCUGGGCAAGUAUCCGAACACCAUUUUUUCAAUCCCUACUGAGCGCAUUCCCACUCUCAUCAUUCCCCGCAAGUUCUUACCAGAAAUUGGAAACUUGCCCGAAUCGCAGGUCAGCCUGCACAGAGAAGUAUAUGAGCGAUUCAUGGGCAAGUACACCAGAAUUCUUAAGAGCCACCAUCUAGAAAGCUUUGUCCGACAUAACCUGGUGAAAGAUAUUCGCCACUAUUUUUGGGUUGUGGACUUGGAGACCAAAAGCGCUGUGGACAAGGCAUUCAGUGGCCAAGAUUUUUGUGACUGGAGACCCAUUGCCACCUUCCAGAUGAUACUCGGCCUCGUUGCAUCCGUCAGCGAGCGAGUCUUUGCUGGGCCAGAACUUUGCAAGAAUACCGAAUGGGUGAAACUUACCAUAGACUGCGCAGUGGCAACAGCGCAGCUAGCUGCCUCCAUGACAUCGACCCCAUCUUGGUGGCGCCCGGUAAAGGCAUUGUAUUGCAAUGAAAUGAAAACCAUGGAUCGUGCGUACGUUCGGGCGGCCGAGUUGCUGGCGGAGGACGUAGCAAAGCGACAUGGUGCCUCUACGCCACCGGACCUGAUUGAUACCAUGCUGAAGGACCCCUCAGUCCAAUCGGAUGACUUUGAUCUGCUGGCUCGGAUUCAAAUCGAAGCGGCCCAAGCUGUCCACUUUAACCUGGCUUUCUCGCUCAUGCACGCAUUGAACGACCUGGCGACACAUCCUGAGUACUCAGAACCGCUUCGUAAAGAGUGGGAUGAGAUGUUGAGGAACAAUGACGGUCAUCUGACUUAUCAGGCCACCACUGAGAUGAGGAAGCUGGACAGUUUCCUCAAAGAAUCCCAGCGGCUGCAUCCUCAGUCCCUCGCCAGUGUCAGUCGAUGGAUUGUCUCGGCGAUCACACUAUCAGACGGGACAGUGCUACCCAAGAACAGCUCAGUUUCGGCGCCGACAUUGGGGGUGAACCUGGAUCCGUCGCUGUGGCAGGACCCGGAGAUGUUCGAUGGCUUCCGGUUCGAGCAUCUGCGCGAGAAAGGUGGUAAUGCCAAUGAAAACAAGUAUCAAUUUGCGUCGUCCAGUCUCGACGAGCUCAACUUCGGAUACGGUCAGCAUGCAUGCCCUGGACGAUGGUUCGUGAGUAUGCAAUCAAAGCUGACUAUUGGCUACAUCUUGCAGCACUAUGACUUGAAGAUGGGGGUGGGCAGUCAUGCUGAAAACGUUAUAACAGGGAUACGAAACACUCCAAAUUUGGAGGGCAAGCUCUUCUUCAAAGCCAGAGAGAGGUCGACACAUGUGUAA